UCCGCUUGCUUUUUCCGGUGCUCUGCUCGGGUCUGGAUUACGACAGCACUUUCCCUGCUCUGGGUCACCAGGAUCAGCCUCACUCAACACCACAGCUAUACAAAUAAUCCCAUCAGCCCCAGCAUGGAAGAAGAGGAUUUCAGGGUGACUAUGAGGACUUGAACAGAAGAUUAGGCCACUGGAUAUCUCAUUCCACCUCACAAAUGAAGAAGUCACGGUCUCGUGCAGGACAAAGGAAACAACAAAUGCGCUGUCUGAUGAUUCGACAAAAACACACUCAGGAAAUUAUGGCAACAGUUAUGCAGGAGAGUUUAACUUGCCAGGGGAAAAAUGCGAUGAUCCAUCUGAGUGGCUGUGGCAUUCAGCUGGUGUCUAAAAAGGGCCGUCUCUCACGCACACCUGCCCUCCAUCUGUUAUCGACACAUGCUGAGGAUUCUGUUCGCUUGACGCUAUCCUCUUCCUCCUCCUCCUCCUCCUCCUCCAUACAGGAUCAGGGUCGAUCUCCUGCUCCGCCGUCCGAGCGAGAAUCUGAGAAUCUCCCCCCGAGACGCCCUCUGAAACUUGCUCCGCUAGAGCUCCCCCUAGAGGUGCAGCGGCAGAAGCUGAAAAGCGCGCAGGAGGCCAAAGUGGCGGACUGUAAGUCAGCUGAGACCUAUCCAAGAAAGGUGAAAGUUUGUUGGCAGGACGGCCUGGACAAGUCACCAGAACACUCCCCGCUGAGUACCAUCACAGAACCACACAAACCACUGCAACCUGUCAAUCAAGUCAAGCUUGCUCCUGAUAGGCCAGCAGGGCAAACGGAAGGUAAUUCGACCAUCCGCUCAACAUGUGCUCCCGAGAACAUUUGCCAAUCAGAGCACGGCAACAGCCAAUCAGCCCAGGAUGCAGUCAAGAAGCGUUUAAGACUCCGAAGAACCCAGCGGUUAGAGGAGGAUCAAAGCAAAUCCAGCUCAUCAACAGGUGGAUUAUCUGCUGAUGAGAGCAAACUGGCCUCAGCCGGCCCUGGCAAGGGUCAGCGCGCAGCCGAGAAGGCCCUCAGAGACGCCAGCCGUGUGCUGGAAAAGGCAUCGUGGAGGAACCCACGGGAACCCGGGGCCGAGGCAGUGGGUAAAGUCGGGAGAAGGAUGGCUGUUAAUGACAUUCAAGAAGCCAUAUUCUGACUCUUUGACCCGAAGAGGAAGUGGAGCACGUGGUGCUGGGGUUAGAGACUUGAACAUGGCAAUAGAGGAUUUUCCCUCUUGGGUUUAGAUGGGAAAACAGCCUGCGAUAAUGUAGAAAACAGCGCAGCAUUCCUGAUCUAAAUAUCCAAAAAUUACACUUUGAUUAUUACAAAAUAAACCCAGACUGGGUGAU